AUGGCCAGCGACAAGGUCCCGACGCUGCACUCCUUGGAAAAGCCAGAGGACCUCAAGCAGCUCAUGCGCCAGGACCGCGGCGAGGACUGCUUGAGCUGCAAAAUCGUCGGUAGCGGUGCAUUCUUCGGUUUGGCCGCGUACAGCUACAUCUCUGGCAUGUCGCAGCUCGAGAAACAGCGCGCCGUCAUCCUGCAGAAAAACUCCAUGUUCGGCAUGCGGAGCCGCAGGCUGGGCAUCGCGGGCAUCUCGCUCGGCCUGGCGUAUAUGGGGAUGUGGAGGGCGUUUCGGUGA